AGCACUACUAGCGUACAAAAAGAGUGGAACAAAAAAGGAGAACUCUUUUCUUUCUUUCUUUUGGCAUAUAAGUUGGUUUGUUUCUUGGAGCCUGCAGACGAAUGGUGCAGCGGUGAAGGGAGGGAGGCACGGAGGGAAGAAGGAGAGGAGCUGCAGUAGCCGCAGUCCGCAGACAUGGCUGGGGCGGCCAUUGGGGUGGUGGUGCUCUUCUUGGUUGCCACUUCAUUUGGGGCUACUGCCAACACCGACUCGAAUGAUGUAAAUGCCCUCAAUGUCUUCUACACAACCAUGAAUUCGCCACCCCAGCUGACAAACUGGGUGUCCGAAAAUGGGGAUCCCUGUGGACAGUCAUGGCUAGGGGUCACCUGCUCGGGCUCCAGAGUGAGAACAAUAAAGUUAUCCGGAAUGCGGCUUAACGGCACCUUGGGGUACAGCAUGAAUCAGCUGACUGCAAUAGUUGAGCUUGAUAUGAGCAACAAUAAUCUUGGAGGCAGUGACAUCCCUUAUAAUCUUCCUCCGAAUCUCGAGAGCUUAAAUCUUGCAGGAAAUAACUUCACUGGGACUGUACCAUACUCCAUCUCCCAGAUGGUUGCACUUAGGCAUUUAAAUCUUGGUCAUAAUCAGCUCUCGAACAUCAACGAUAUGUUUAAUCAGCUCACAAAUUUAACAGCAAUGAAUCUAUCAUACAACACAUUUUCUGGGAAUAUUCCACAAAGCUUCAACUCUUUGACAAGUUUGAAAACACUUUAUCUUCAGAACAACAAAUUUAGUGGCACAAUAGAUGUCCUUGCCGAUCUUCCUCUUAUUGAAUUAAAUGUCGAAAACAACCAAUUCACCGGUUGGGUACCCGAUAAACUAAAGACAAUCAGGAGUUUCCAGACAAGUGGAAACUCAUUCAACAAUGGUCCCGCUCCACCACCUCCACCACCACCAUAUACACCUCCACCGCCUCGUCGUCCUGCUGUUCCAAGUACUGGUGGUAACAAUAGCCCAGCCGAAGAUGGCGGGAGACACUCAAAACUGGGAGGUGGUGCAGUAGCAGGAAUUGUAAUAUGUUUGCUGGUUGUUUGUGCAUUAGUUUCAUUCCUUGUGAUCAAAAGGAAAUCUUGGAGAUUGUCACGGGGACAAGACCCUGAACAGAAUGAACCUCUCAGCCCUCUUGCUUCUGGACUUAAACAGAUGAAAUCUUUUAAAUCUAUUAAGAUCAUAUCAAUAAUUGGCAAGGAAGAAUUGCAGAAGACUGUUUCAACAAGUGUGAAGCCUCCAAUAAAAAUUGGCCUGCACAAGUCCUUCGAUGGAAAUGAUACCACUAGCAAGUCUGUCACAAGAAAAGUAAGUUUGUCUUCCAUCACAAUACCUGCAUACACAGUGGCAGACCUGCAGGUGGCAACAGGAAGCUUCAGUCCUGACAGUCUUAUCGGCGAGGGGUCGUUUGGCCGUGUUUACAAAGCAGAACUCAGUGAUCAGAAGGUCCUGGCUGUAAAGAAAAUCAAUUUUUCUGCAUUCCCAAGCCACCCCUCAGAUUUGUUCAUCGAGUUAGUAGCAAACAUUUCAAGGCUAAAUCAUCCAAACCUUGCUGAGGUAACCGGCUACUGCUCAGAGCAUGGACAAUGCUUGCUGGCAUACGAAUUCUACCGAAACGGUUCUCUACACGACUUCCUUCAUUUGAAGGAUGAGCACAAGAAACCAUUAUCUUGGAACAACCGUGUCAAGAUUGCCCUUGGAUCUGCAAGGGCAUUAGAGUACCUACAUGAAACUUGUUCACCUUCCGUGGUCCACAAAAAUUUCAAGUCAUCCAAUAUUUUACUGGAUAGUGAGCUGAGCCCUCAUCUCUCUGAUUCUGGCUUUGCACGCCUUAUUCCCAACCAGGAAUUCCAGGAAUCAGGCGAGAAUUCAGGAUAUAGGGCACCUGAGGUGACCAUGUCUGGUCAGUACUCCCUGAAGAGCGACAUAUAUAGCUUUGGAGUUGUCAUGCUAGAACUCCUGACUGGCCGGAAACCGUUCGACAGGUCACGGCCGCGGUCCGAACAGUCGCUGGUCCGAUGGGCUACUCCGCAGCUGCACGACAUCGACGCGCUGGAUCAGAUGGUGGACCCUGCGCUGCAGGGGCUGUACCCUUCGAAAUCCCUCUCCCGCUUCGCCGAUGCAAUUGUGCUCUGUGUUCAGCCUGAGCCGGAGUUCCGGCCGCCGAUGUCCGAGGUCGUCCAGUCGCUGGUCCGCCUCGUGCAGAGAGCAAACACGACUAGGAUGCACGAGAAUCGCUCCCGGGAAAGGCGCGACGGGAGAGCGGCUGCUGUAUUUGAUCUUAGGCAUUCUCUCAACUCCUCAAAGAAAUCUUCCAAACACGUUAUUCCAUGCAAGGCUCGUUCGUUUAAGCAAUUUUCGCUCGGGGGCAGUUCUGCCGACCAAGAGAUUGUGAUUGCUAUGGGAAGCAAUGUAGGGGAUAGAGUCAGUACAUUCAACAAGGCAUUGCAAAUGAUGAAAAACUCAGGUGUGAACAUCACUAGGCAUGCCUGCCUGUAUGAGACUGCCCCUGCUUAUGUGACCGAUCAGCCGCGGUUCCUUAACUCUGCCAUUCGGGGCACAACUAAGCUGGGACCUCAUGAGUUGCUUAAGAAGCUAAAGGAAAUCGAGAAAGAUAUAGGGCGCACUGGUGGAAUAAGGUAUGGCCCAAGACCAAUCGAUCUAGACAUACUUCUAUAUGGUAACUCCCAGAUCAAUAGCGAGACCCUAAUUGUGCCACAUGAACGCAUCCAUGAAAGGCCAUUUGUUUUAGCACCUCUAAUUGACCUUCUAGGUACAUCCACUAAAGAUGGUGUCGAAACAAGUUGGCACUCUCUCUCGAAGUGCAGUGGGGGGUUCUUCGAAUUAUGGAAUAAACUUGGUGGUGAAUCUAUAAUUGGAACAGAAGGUAUUAAAAGGGUAUUACCUGUUGGGAAUCGUCUAUUGGAUUGUUGUGAGAGAACCGUCAUCAUGGGGGUCCUUAACCUGACACCAGAUAGCUUUAGUGAUGGAGGUAAGUUUCAACAAGUGGAAGCUGCCAUUUCUCAUGCCAAGUUAUUAAUCUCAGAAGGUGCAGAUAUCAUUGAUAUUGGUGCUCAAUCCACCAGGCCCUUUGCAAUGAGAUUAUCUCCAAACGAAGAGCUUGAGAGGUUGGUUCCUGUUCUGGAUGAGAUCACAAAAAUUCCUGAGAUGGAGGGCAAGUUGCUCUCAGUGGAUACAUUCUAUGCGGAAGUCGCCAUGGAAGCUGUGAAAAGAGGAGCCCAUCUGAUUAAUGAUGUAUCUGGUGGACAGCUUGACCCGACAAUUCUUAAAGUUGUAGCUGAACUUGGAGUUCCAUAUGUUACCAUGCACAUGAGAGGAGAUCCCUCAACCAUGCAAAAUGAACAGAAUUUACAGUAUGGUGAUAUCUGCAAGGAAAUUGCUUCUGAGCUAUAUACACGGGUGAGAGAAGCAGAGUUAUCUGGGAUUCCUUUGUGGAGGAUAGUUCUUGAUCCUGGCAUUGGGUUCUCCAAGAAAUCUGGACAUAACCUUGAAGUGAUUAUGGGUGUGGAGUCCAUUAGAAGAGAGAUUGGUAAAAUGAGCAUAGGUGCUUCACAUGUGCCAAUAUUACUGGGAUCCUCAAGGAAAAGAUUUUUAGGUGAAAUAUGCAAUCGUGCCAAUCCAGUUGAUAGAGAUGCUGCUAGUGUUGCAGCUGUGGCAGCUGGGAUUUUGAAUGGUGCUAACAUAGUACGGGUUCAUAACGUUGGAUAUGGCGCAGAUGCUGCAAAGGUCUGUGAUGCAUUGUGUAAGGCGAGAAGAUUACGAGAGAAAUGUACCACCUGAUGAAAUAUAUACUGAACUCCAUUUUUGUACAAGGUGCUGUAUGAUAGUUACUCUGCUGCCAAAUGGGAUUCUCAUGUUGUCCCUGAACUAUUAAUUUGUAGAUAUAGGUCUUUAAACUUGUCAAGUGUGCCACUCGAGAUCUAAAUAUCACUAAUCAGCAUAUCCAUGGCUACGUGGCGUGCUAGUGUGGUCUUUUUGUUUCA